AUGUCCACUACUUUGGCUGAAGCCUGCAUCAUCGCUUGCCUUUCCUGGGUGGUGGUGGCUUCCACGAACAUCACCUACACUCCCGACUGGGCAUCCCUGGACACGCGACCUCUGCCAUCGUGGUACGACGAAGGCAAGAUUGGAAUUUUCGUCCACUGGGGAGUCUUCUCUGUUCCAAGUUAUGUGAGUGAAUGGUUUUGGUGGUACUGGCAAGGGAAGCCUCCAAACCCUCAGGUGUGGGUGUACAUGCAGACGUACUAUGGGGCGGACUUCUCGUAUCCCGACUUCGCACAAAACUUCCACGCGGAAUUCUUUAAUCCCCAGCAGUGGGCGGAGAUUUUUAACGCUUCUGGAGCGCAAUACGUAGUCCUUACAGCUAAGCAUCACGAGGGCUACUGCAACUGGCCCUCACCCGUCUCCUGGAAUUGGAAUUCCAUGGACGCAGGACCACGACGUGAUCUUGUGGAUGAUCUGGCCAAGGCUAUUCGAUCUACGACAAAACUCCGAUUUGGUGUCUAUCAUUCUAUGUUCGAGUGGUUCAAUCCACUCUAUCUGGCUGAUAAGGCUUCUGGUUAUAAAGAGCAGACUUUUGUAGACAGAAAAACGAUGCCAGAAUUGAUGGAUUUGGUGAACCGCUACCAACCGAGCGUCGUGUGGUCCGACGGCGCCCCGGCGACAAGCGACUACUGGAAGGCGAAGGAGUUCCUAGCCUGGCUCUAUAAUGACUCCCCGGUCAAGGACGAGGUGGUGGUGAACGAUCGGUGGGGCUCAGAUGCCAACUGCCAACAUGGCGACUUCUUCAACUGUGAGGAUAGAUAUCAUCCCGAUAAGUUGCUCUCCCACAAGUGGGAAAGCUGUAUCACGCUGGAUCGCUACUCGUGGGGCUAUCGGCGCGAAAGCCGUCUAGCUGACUACUUAUCUCCUCAAGAGCUGAUAGAAUUCCUCAUAAGUGUGGUUGCCUACGGAGGAAACCUGCUGGUUAAUGUGGGACCGACGUCUUGGGGCACGAUACCACCGAUCUACGAGGAGAGGCUGCUAACCAUGGGACAAUGGCUAAAAAUGAAUGGUGAGGCCAUUUACAGAACAACGCCCUGGAAGUAUCAAAUUGAUAGCAAGCGCAUGAAGUUAUGGUACCUCCAGAAAAGCGCUACCAAGGGGGAUCCUGUCGUCUACGCCCUCUUCAGCGAUUGGCCUAGCAUUAACUCAAAUCCGACACUUUCAUUAGCACAAGUAAAGGCUGCCAAGGAUGUAUCGAAGUUUACCAUUUUGGACGGCAAUGGUGGAGCAACUCUGUCAUAUGCGAUCGACGAUGUCAAUGGCAGUGUCAUCAUCCAUCUACCACCAGCCCAACCAACUGGGUCCUUCGUCGCGUGGGCAAUCAGAAUGGAAAAUGUUCAGCCUGUGUAA